AUGAAAGUUACUGAUGAAUGGAUCUGCACGUUAAUGUUGGCGGGUCUCCCAGAUUAUUAUCAACCUAUGAUAAUGGGAAUUGAAAGUUCGGGUGUGCAAAUAUCAGGAGAUUAUGUGAAAACUAAGCUUCUUCAAGACACAAAAUCUACAAACUCAAAAUCUUCAGCCCUCGUUACUAAGCCAAAUGUAGAAAAGCCUCAAAAUAAGAAAAACUUUAAGAAAACUCAAUGUUAUGGUUGUCGUGAGUAUGGUCAUAUUCAAAUAAAUUGCCCUAAAAAUAAAAACAAUAAUAAAAGUACUUCAAAGAAUACUAUGUUAGCUUCAUCUGCUAGAAGUACAAUGUCAAGUGAUUGGUAUUUUGAUUCAGGAGCAACAUCUCACAUGUGUAACAAUAAAUCUUUGUUCGACAAUUUAAGGACCUGUUCUGAAUUUGAAAUUAUGACAGCGAAUAAUUCUGUAAUGAAGGGGAAUUUAAUGGGUGAUAUCAAUAUGAAGGUCAAAGUUGGUGAAAAUCCUAGUGAUAUAAUUUUACGUGAUGUUUUAUAUCUUCCUGAUACUAAUUCAAAUUUAUUGUCAAUUUCCAAAAUAGUCAAACAUAAACAUAAGUUAAUAUUUGAUUCUAGUGGAUGCAAAGUCAUUGAUUCCGAUAAUGAAAUAAUUGCAAGAGGCUCAUUGAUACAUAUCAUCGUAUAA